AAAAUUUCAUCGCCGGCAACAUGGCGGCGUUCAAGCUGAGACCCGCCGUCACGCCUCUCGCUCCCGCCGUUACGCUCCCUCUCCGCCGCCUCUGCGCCGCCGUCCUCGACGGCGCGGCCCCCGCCUCCGCCGACGACCCCCUCCCGACCCUCGAGCCCUCGAGCGACGCCGACUCGAUAUCCCAAAUCCUGCUCCACCACCACAACCCCUUCCACGCCAUGGAGUCGUCGCUCCAGCUCCACGGCGUGGCCCUCUCCGCUCCCCUCCUCCACCAGACCCUCCUCCGCCUCCACCACAGCUCCAAGAUCGCCGUCGCCCUCUUCAACUACGCCAAGUCCCUCCCCGACCCGCCUCUCACCUCCGCCUCCUACAACCUCCUCAUCGACAUUCUCUCCAAGGUGCGGCAGUUCGACGCCGUCUGGCAGCUCAUCGUCGAGAUGGACCAGAACAGCAUCCACCCGACGACCACCACUUUCUUCAUCCUCAUACGAAGGCUGGUCGCGGCCGGGCUCACGCGCCAGGCCGUGCGUGCGUUCGACGACAUUGGUAGCUUCGUUGAGCGUGGACCGGGUAAUAAGGAUUACUAUUACUUGCUCGACACGCUGUGUAAAUACGGGUACGUGAAAGUGGCUGUGGAGAUUUUUAACAAGAGGAAGGCUUGUGGGGAGUUUGACCCGGAUGCCAAAAUGUAUACGAUCUUGAUUUAUGGGUGGUGCAAGAUUGGCAGGAUAGACAUGGCGGAGAGGUUCUUGAAUGAUAUGAUUGAGCGUGGGGUGGAGCCUCACUUGGUGACGUACAAUGUGUUGUUGAAUGGGAUUUGUAGGAGAGCGAGAUUGCAUCCGGAUGAAAGGUUCGAGAGGACGCUGAGGGCUGCCGAUAAGGUGUUUGAUGAAAUGCGCGACAGAGGGAUCGAGCCUGAUGUGACUAGUUAUUCCAUUGUGUUGCAUGUGUAUAGUAGGGCGCAUAAGCCGCAGUUAUUGCUCGAUAAGAUGAAGAUGAUGAAGGAGAGGGGAAUUAGCUUGAGCGUGGCGACAUAUACUUCUGUUGUUAAAUGUCUCUGUUCGUGCGGGAAGAUCAACGAUGCGGAGGAGUUGCUUGAGGAGAUGGUGAGCAAUGGGGUGAGUCCUUGUGCUGCUACAUAUAAUUGCUUCUUUAAGGAGUAUAGGGGAAGGAAAGAUGUUGACAAUGCGCUAAAGUUGUAUAGGAAGAUGAAGGAGGAUAAUGUCUGUGUGCCCACCAUGCAUACCUACAACAUUCUCAUAGCCAUGUUUGUGAAGUUAGAUAAGAUGGGGAUCGUGAGGGAAAUUUGGGAGGAUAUGAAGAGAAAUGGUAUGGGGCCAGAUCUAGAUUCUUAUACCUUAUUGAUCCAUGACUUGUGUGAGAAGCAGAAAUGGAGGCAAGCUUGUACAUUCUUUGUGGAGAUGAUCGAGAAUGGCCUUCUUCCUCAAAAGGUUACCUUUGAGACACUUUACAGAGGCUUGAUCCAAUCUGACAAGUUGAGAACCUGGAGAAGAUUGAAGAAGAAGCUUGAUGAGGAAUCCAUAACAUUUGGAACCGAGUUCCAAAAUUAUAACCUCAAGCCCUAUAGAAGAUAAGACAUGUCUUUGAAAAAAGGGUGUUAAUCUUUGAGCAUGUUUAUCAACCAUCGGUUUCAUUCACUCUUGCUCAGUCAUACAUGGAGCAUAGAAAUUUCUAGAUUGUGGUCUCUUACACUGAUUUUGGGGGUGAAGCUGAUGGUUAACCACACUGACUACAUUUAUAUUUCCCAAGAUAAUUAUGCGUCCCAACAAGUCGCAGUCACAGUGGUUAACUCUCAAGGGGACCGCAAAGCACUUCCCACUCUAAAAGAGGUCACAGCAGUGGUGCUGCUUAGGAUUCAGGUCAUUCUGCUUUCUGUAAAGGGCUCAUUUUCUUGUCCUGCCUCAGUACCUUGAGCAUCAGAUUUCAGAUCCUGCCUAAACAAAUGUGUACAGCCAGUGCCACAAGGUUUGGUGGAGAUGCCUUGAGUUCAGAAUUCUGCUUACAUGCUGGCUGCAGCUUUCCAGUGUAUAAUUUAAUAAGGGAGGAACAUCUGAAGCGAUGACUUAAAAGAGAACUAUGAUUGCACUCAUUGCCUGAUGUUUUCAAGACUAGAAAUUGAGAACUGCAUGUUAACUGUGAAGAGGCUUUCUGUAACUUUAUCGCUCUAGCUUGUUUUGGAAUCAAAGCACCAUGUAAAGCAAGAUUAAGAAGACAGCACAUCUUUUCAACGUGGUGUUGAAAUCACAAUGCGAUGCCUAACUCCUACGGAAGUACUUGCUAGUUGGAAGCUGCAGGUGGCAUUUUAGAAUAUAAGUCCUUCCAUGUAGGGUGAAACAUUUUCAUCACCUUCUGUAGUUGUGUAUAGAUUGGCAAGGAAAUAUGCCGGUUUUUUAAUGGAAGUAUUACUGAUGUUUCUACUUA